GCAUGCUGGCAGCUUUUGCCUGGACUCAGUCGUCACUCGUCUAUCGGGGCAGAACGCCGUACGCGGCCUGCGGUGCUCCGCUUCUCCGGUCUUCCACCUCCUCCUUCGCCUUUUGUUACAAGCAGCACCCGGCGGGGGACCCACCAGACAUAACCGCGUUCAUGUAAUUAGCACACUGGGCUGGAAAAUGAUCAUCUGUACGAAUAAAAUGGAGUACCCGCUCAGAAGCCAGUACCAGAGAGUCCAGAAACAGGCGAUGGUGAGCAAGGAGAAGGAGCGCGCGUCUCUGGUGCUGAUGAAGACGGCGGCGGGCCGCGGCAGCCUGGACGCCGUAUCGCAGCAGAUGGCCUCGCACCCGCAGUAUUUGGAAAGCUUCCUGCGAGCGCAGCACUACAUCUUGCACAUGGACGGACCUCUGCCGUUGCCCUGCCGCCAUUACAUCGCCAUCAUGGCAGCGGCACGCCACCACUGCAAUUACCUGGUCUACCUGCAUUCGGCCCAGUUCCUGAGGCUGGGUGGCGACCCCCUGUGGCUGCAGGGCUUGGAGGCGGCACCCUCGCGUCUGCGCCUGCUCGACCACAUCAACAAGGUGCUGGCUCACCAGCCCUGGCUGGCUGCCUGCUCGGACAUCAAGACGCUGCUGAAGUGCGGCGAGCCGUGCUGGUCUCUGGCCGAGCUGGUUCAAGCCGUUGUGAUUCUGGCCCACUGCCACUCUCUAUGCAGCUUUGUGUUCGGUUCCAACGCUGCUGACUGGGGCCACCCGGCGCCCCCGAGCAAGUCUCCCAAUGGCACGCCGCCUACCUUCUGCGCCUUUGACGUCACUAACGGCAACCCCAACGGGCCUCAGUCAAUCGACGACGUCGCCGAACAAAUAACACGACGCUGGUCAGUGGACUCGGGUAGUGACCUGUUGAAUCUGAAGGACAAGAGCCCUAAACCUCAUGAAGAGCGAGACAAGCGAGAAGAGCGUCUGCUAAACAACCAAGCCGAUGUUGAAGAAGAAGACGAGAUAAUGUACUUCGCCGACCCGUCUCGCUUCGUCACAGAGCCCAAUUUCGAUUACAAGGAAUUUGCCCGCAGAGACGAGGACCUUUUCCAAGUAUUUCGAGUUCAGGACUACUCAUGGGAGGACCACGGCUUCUCGCUGGUCAACCGCUUGUACUCGGACAUCGGCCACCUUCUGGACGAGCGCUUCCGAAAUGUCACCUCCGUGUCGUCCCCGCACGGCCCCGAACUGAAGAGGGCCGUCUGGAACUACAUCCACUGUAUCUUGGGAAUUCGGUACGACGAUUACGACUACGGGGAAGUGGACCGGCUCCUGAAGCGAGAUCUGAAGGUGUACAUCAAGGCCGUCACGUGUUUCCCCGACCCUAGCAAAAGUCCGGCGUCUCCGCUUGGCUGGGCUUCUCUUAAAACAUCUGAGCGGAUCCACAUGAAUUUACUCAUCAUGGAGGCGCGUCUGCAAGCGGAGCUCCUUUACGCCCUGAGAGCCAUCACUCAGUACAUGAUCGCCUGAGAGCCUCUCGCAAGUGCACGCUUCUUUUUUUCUUCCUUCUCCAUCGAGGUACACCCACUUGACGUGUCGACGUCUAAAUUAGGAAGAGCGCAUGUGUGCCCCAAAGAUGUGCCACACCGCCUCUCCCCAUGUGCAAUCCUGAAAAGACUUCAGACAGAACUCACAGAAUAGUAUUCAGCUUUUGGGUGACAAUUCACAUCAACUUUUAGUGGGUCAACUUCAUUUGACCUCCUGUAAACUCCUGAAUACAAUUAAUUGCCGACGUUGCCAGAAUUUCUUCUUGAUCAAAUACUUUUUGUGUGUUCAACUCUUUACUGUCAUGCAAAAAGUAGUGAAACAAUGAACAGUUGUGCGUUCGAAAAUUUACAGGAGGUCGAAUUGAAUUCACACAAAAAGGCUCUUGAGCAUUUUAGACUCAUCCUGAAUUGAAGCCCAAUCUCUCCAACUUUUUGUGCGUAGUACUGUAAGUAUUUAUACUGUUCCGUCAUGAACACUCUCCUUAUAAGAGUAGUUGCGUAGUUUUGUUGAAUGUUCUCCAAGGACAAUCCUCAUUCAGUAUUGUUUGAAGGACCCUUUUGGAUCUCCUGAGCUGUUUGUUCAAAAUAAUAAACCCAACAACCUUAGUUUCUUUUUAAACAAGCACUUUUAAAAAAAAGUAUAUAUAUAUAUUUAUAAUGCGAGGAAGCAAGCGAAAGACAGACGUGACGUGGGAUUUUUUUAUUCGUAGACCUGCUGAAAAAAGUUUGUGACUGACUGAAAACAUAAAAAACUUUGAGUAAGUUUGUACGUGAGCGCUUUGUGGUACAAACACA